UUGAUGCUGGGCGACGCUGGACCGAUUCUGUUUAUAUCAUCUCUCGAAUAUGGCAAUACGACAAUAAUUUAUCGAUUGGAUUACAGAGUAAACUAAUUUGUUUCCAGUAAUAUGGAUUGUAGUAACAUGAAAUUGGCUGCAGUGCAAUAAACUAAUGUACGUGUAAAUUGUAAAGGCGGCAUACAAACAGAAACAUAAAAAUAUUUGAAAUGCGUCGUACUCUUGUCUUCUUUAGUUUUCUAACCAUCACAGCAGGAUUGAAGGCUGCGACGUACGAGGCAAACCCUGACGCCAAGCGUCUGUACGACGAUCUCCUAAGCAACUACAACAGGCUGAUACGACCCGUCAGCAACAACACGGACACUCUGACCGUCUGGUUGGGACUGAAACUCUCGCAGCUAAUCGAGGUGAAUUUAAAGAGCCAAGUAAUGACGACAAAUUUAUGGGUCCAGCAGAAAUGGAUCGAUUACAAACUUCGGUGGGACCCGGAGGAGUACGGUGGCGUGGAGAUGCUGUACGUCCCUUCGGAGCACAUCUGGUUGCCGGAUAUUGUGCUCUAUAACAACGCGGACGGCAACUACGAGGUGACGCUGAUGACGAAGGCUACCCUCAAAUUCACAGGAGAAGUGUUCUGGAAACCCCCGGCGAUCUACAAAUCCUCCUGCGAGAUUAACGUCGAGUAUUUCCCAUUUGAUGAGCAGAGCUGUAUCAUGAAGUUCGGUUCGUGGACAUACAAUGGUUUCCAGGUCGAUUUGAAGCACAUGGACCAGGUACAAGGAAGUAAUCUGGUGAGCGUUGGGAUAGACUUGAGUGAGUUCUACUUGUCUGUGGAAUGGGACAUUUUGGAAGUUCCAGCCAGGAGAAAUGAAGAGUACUAUCCCUGCUGCAAGGAGCCGUACUCAGAUAUCACUUUCAACCUGACGAUGCGCCGGAAGACACUGUUCUACACGGUGAACCUUAUCAUCCCCUGCGUGGGCAUCACUUUCCUCACGGUGCUGGUGUUCUACCUGCCUUCUGACUCGGGCGAGAAGGUGUCGCUCUGCGUGUCCAUCCUCCUCUCUCUGACCGUGUUCUUCUUGCUGCUAGCCGAGAUCAUCCCGCCCACCUCUCUAGCGGUACCUCUCCUGGGCAAGUACCUGCUCUUCACAAUGAUUCUCGUCACUCUCUCAAUCUCCAUCACCGUCUUCGUCCUCAACGUUCACUUCCGUUCUCCUUCCACUCACAAGAUGUCUCCGUGGGUGAAGCGCGUGUUCCUACAUCUCAUGCCUCGUCUUCUUAUGAUGCGGCGUCCGCCAUAUUCGUCCAGAGACAACUUCGAGGAUGCACAUUUUCCGGAUAAUGGCUACACCAAUGAAUUAGAAUUCAGGGACAGCAUAAGCGACCCAUACCCACCAGAACCGAAAGGUAGUCCAGGGUUCGAAUCUGUAUCAACGGCUUACAAGACGGCACUGAGUCAGGAUGAGGAAGCCAGACAGAACCAGCCUCAUUCAUCCGUUACGGACUCUGAUAACACCCUGCCUCGUCAGCUGUCCCCAGACGUGCUGUCUGCACUACAGGGAGUGCGUUUCAUAGCUCAGCACAUCAAAGACGCCGACAAGGACAAUGAGAUCGUGGAAGACUGGAAGUAUGUGUCCAUGGUAUUGGAUCGCUUUUUUCUCUGGGUGUUCACACUCGCUUGCAUCGGUGGAACUUGUGGCAUCAUUUUCCAGGCGCCGUCACUCUACGACAAACGUAAGCCAAUUGACCAGCUGCUGUCUAGCAUCCCCCUGCGGAGAAAUAACUUUGAAGUGCCCCAGCCGUAUGUCCCAGGGAGCGGAUAAUUCAGCCUCCACCAGAACAUCACAACUUUACAGACUGAACAUGUGACCACCUCACGACACUAAUCAGAGUUUCUGGACUUUCAGUUUUCAUAUGGUUCUAUGAGGAACGAUAUCGAAGCAGCUUUUUGGGAAAUGCUUUCAUCAAGAAGCCAAUAUUAUACUUAUACACGCAUUUUAACUGUCACGUGGUUUUCCCGUUAAAGUAUAUUAUUUAAACUGUUCUUCAUUAACAAACAAGGUUUGAAGGAUAGCAGAACAACCUACAUUUAAAACAGUCCUUCUUGUAUAAAUCUACAUUUCUAAUGUGAACAUCAGGGAAAGAAAUGCUUUCACGGUCGCUAAAAUUGAUAGAAUCUCUUGGGCACUCAGCUGUAUCAAUUAAUUAAAAAUUACAGACAUUUCAUGGACCGCCUCCAUGCCUCCAAUCAGGGUCUGAGGUUAGGGGCAGAGAUGAUUCCUGAAACGUCCGUAAUUUCUAAAUAACUAACAAAGCUGAUAGCCCGAGAAGAUUUUAUCAGAAUCAGGAUCAUCGAUCUGAAAUACUUUGAUUCUAGUAUUUUGGUUAACAUUCCUUAUUAUUGUGACAAACUGCAUAUAUUUCAGUGACCACACCUGUGAUUCGAAUGCGAGCAUGUGAUGACGGGAGAUUGUGAAGCACACCUUUAUCCAGAUCAUUGAUAUUAAAUACUUCUACAAAAUUGCCUGACAUGCAAAAUAUUUACAUUGAUAGUAGAAAUUCCAUACCAAAGCUCUCAGGUUGUUUUAUUGUUAUUGAAAAAUAAUUAAACAUGCCGAAGUCCAAGUGAAUCCUACUUGUUAUAAGCUGUCUUCUUCCGAAGAAAGCCAUUCCUUAUUAGGAGAAAAACAAGAAAAACUUGAAAUGGAAAUUUUAAAACAAAUAUUUAGGAUCUGUGGGUUUGUUUUAAUGAAAUGCGGCACGAUUCAUGAAUAUUUAGGUUUUCACAUCGUUACUUUUCGAAAACAAAUUAUAGGCACUGCAUUAAUACAUGUAAUUAAAGAAAUGUCAGGAAACCCCUUACAUCUUUAAUGAUUUAUACACGUGCAUUAUUAAAGCAAUUUUAUGCUCAGGAAGUGUUAUGAACUGUAUGAGUGGAGAAGUUUUUAAGUCCUGACAGACAAAGCAAAAUACAUGUAGGCCGUUUGCGAAGACAUAUUUCCCAUCGGAGUUUCGAUUCACAGCUAAUAUCUACUAUGAUAAUGUAAUAUAUUCCAGUUUAAUUCCUAUGUGUUAUAAGCUUUCUGAUUACAGAGAAAUUCAUUCUUUGUUAGAAACAAAGGUUCUGACUCCUCUGUGACCUUCCAUAUAGCUUACGUUCUUACAAUAUGUUAAUGUUGGAAUAUCCGUUGUUAUGGUAAAUUCGAUGUUUAAUUUCGGAGCUUUCACUCGCUAUUACAAAAAUUUUGUACUGAGAGAGAUAAUAUCAAAUGAGGAGUAAAAAUUUUAGUUCCACAGGGCUGUAAUAUUUAUGCCUGCAUUUUUAUGGCGAGGACAACAGAUUUCUUUUUAUGGAUAACGAACAUUUCUAAGAUAUAUGUUUAUUUGCUAUUUGUAAUAGUCUCUUCAUAACUACAGUGAUUAUUGGAGAGCAGCUAUUUCAGUGCCUGAGUAAGAUGUUUGAUCCACAGAGGGUAAGGAUAUCUGAAAGAAUAGCUGAUAUCAAAGUAACCCUUUACACCCUCGAUUGCAACACUCUGAAAUGGUGCAAUUAUAACCUGAAGUAAAGUUAGGUAUUUGUCUAGUUUUAUUCUGAAAUAUGAGUACGGACAAGGAGUUAAUAUAACCCUUCGCACAAAGAAUGUUUGCAAAGAAAAAUAAAGCAGAAUUAUUUGUCCAAUUUGUUAUAAAGAUACAAGAAAUAUCUAAUUUCUAAGAUACAGAAAUCUGUUUUUUCCUUAACAGAUCCAUAUGUAUAUCUAGCGCAUGUUUCUCAAAUUUGAUUUGAAAAUAAGUUAGUUAAGAUGUUCUUAAAAAAAUGGCGAAUUAAGCUCAACGAAUCCAAACCAGUACAUAUUGACUUUACAAACAACAUGAGUACACAACAAUCAAUCUUCAUCAAUGGCACUCAAGUUCCAUACGCCAACACAGCGAAAUAUCUUGGAAUAAUUCUAGACCCCAAGUUACUGUGGAAAGAGCAUAUCAAGAGAAAACGUGAUGAGCUCAACAAUAAGUUCAAACAAAUGUAUUGGUUGCUUGGACGCAAUUCUGAGCUACCAAUCCACAGUAAACUUACAUUAUACAAAUAAGUUCUACGUCCAGUUUGGAGUUACGGUAUCCAGCUCUGGGGCUGCGCCAGUGAAUGCAGUAUUCAAAUGAUUCAGCGCUAUCAGAACAAAGUGCUGAAGUGUGUUGUCAACGCACCAUGGUACGUUCGUAGCAGUGACCUUCAUCGUGACCUUGGGAUAGAGACGGUUACAGACAUCAUCGCUAAGUGCGCCACCUCUCAUAAAAAGAGACUCCAAAACCAUGUCAACAUUGAAGGGUCCAGACUUCUCAACGUGAACAAUAUCAUUAGACGACUCAAACGGAAGAAACCGUUCGAACUAGUAAAAUGUUAAAGUACUAAGUAAU